CAUGUUCGAUAUAGAUAAACGCCGCGCGGCACGGCGUUCCUGCGCGUGUGUUUUGCUCGUUUACUCGAUCAGAACCGGCAAAAUGGACGAUAUAGCACUCCGAGUGUCUGAUCAUGUUUUAGAAGUGAUUUUUUCGUAUUUAGAUCUGCACACGUUGAGGAACUGUUCGCUGGUGUGUAAACGGUGGAACCGUUUCUUGAACGACGAAAACAAUGACGCGUGGAGGAUGCACUGUAUCAGGAAACUGGCCCAAGAAGCACUCAGCUCCGAUUUAUUGUCAUCUGUGCCCACGUAUAAAUCGAAACUCCGUGCAUUUUAUCACGCGUGGAACCCGAAUGACUGCUCCCGCAACAUUUACAUUAGGCCGAAUGGAUUCACCAUGCACCGAAAUCCAGUUGCCCAGAGCACAGAUGCUUGCAGAGGUAAAAUUGGCUUCAGGCAUGGACGUCAUGCAUGGGAAGUUAUUUGGGAAGGACCAUUGGGCACGGUAGCAGUAAUAGGCAUAGCUACCAGAGAAGCUCCUUUGUUGUGCCAUGGAUAUGUAGCGUUAGUAGGCUCUGAUGAACAUUCCUGGGGUUGGAAUCUAGUGGAUAAUCAUUUGUUACACAAUGGAAAUGUGCAAGGGAAUUAUCCCUUGCUUAACAAUGCUCCAAAAUAUCAGGUUGGGGAAAGAAUUAGGGUAAUAUUAGAUUGUGAUGAUAACACAUUAUCUUUUGAAAGAAAUUAUGAAUUUUUGGGAGUGGCAUUUAGAGGACUGCCAGACAAAAGAUUGUACCCAUCUGUAUCUGCUGUAUAUGGAAAUACAGAGGUAUCUAUGGUGUACUUAGGACCACCUGUAGAUGGCUAACACUUUACUUCUAGUAGAAACAUAUCCCUAAGGGCUUGAACAAUGUUGUAUAAUGAAACGAUCAUACUAAGAUGUCUACUGUGAAGUAGAACAAGCACACUAAGUGAACUGUAUUAUAUUCUUAAGAGAGGUGUGUGCCUGUUCGUUCAGUCAAUAACAUUGUAAAUAGUAUUAGCAUUCCAUUCCAGACGAUACGAGUCCAUAAAUAGGGCUUUACACAAUGCUAACAAUUAUAAGUUAUUCGAUAAGUUUCACUUGAAAUUAUACGCCCGCUAAUAGUCAUUGCCGAUAAAGUCUGUACCAUUGUACGUACGUUUGAUAAUGAUAUCUCUGGUUCAAAUUUCACGAUUGAAAGUACCUUGUACACGAAGAACAUUGAAUAACGCGUCAGUGAUUCCAAGAUAAUCAUGUAAAAACUAAUUUUUUAAGUUAGACAAUUUUUUCAAAGAAAGUUCCUUCUCGAAGUAAUUAUAUAUGUUCUCUAAAGAGACGUAAAUAUUUUGUUACGAAUCUUUUAAGUCUUUAGUUAAUUCCAUACGAGGGGAAAUAAGUAUUAUUCUUUAUUCUUCCUUACGACAUUAAUAUAUUCGAGUCCUUGUACAAAUACGCUUUAUACGUAUGUAUAAAUCCAUUCGCAUGCCAAAGAAACGGCAACUUCUAAUUUCAUUAUAAAGUAGUCAUACACCACUAAGAAGUCUACCAUAGCAUAAUAUUGAUAAUUCAUUAUUUGUACCAUCUCUAUGCAGCUUGCAUAAUUAUGUGGGAACUGUGAAAAGGACAACUGUGAUUCAUACUCAUUUUAUUAGCGUACUCUUUUUUCCAAUGAUAGAUCUCUUACGUAUUUUUUAUCUUAUUUAUAAUAGUUAUUUGUAAUAGUGAAAACCAAAAGAGAACAAUCUCACGAAACAUCAAUUACGCUUCGUCUUUUAAUUUAUUAAUUAAAUAGGCUUCUCAAAUUAAUCUCUAUUUUCUGAUGUUAGCAAUCGAUUUCUUUUCUACUGAUAGAAUAAGUAGUGAAAUCGUUGAAUAAAUGGGGGAUAUCUUCGUAAUUAUAGUAUACAGGGUGUUCCACUUAAAGUGUUCAUAACCAUUUUAUUUUCGAUUGUACAGAGCAACGUCGCAAUUUGUAAAAUACUGGACGAAAGUCCAACCAAUCUGUAUAAUAAUCAGUAAUUUUUCUUCGUUAUUUUUUAAGUAGUGCAAAGCUAGGAACGAAAUGGUACCUGUUGAUCUCGUCUACAAAGCAUAAAGAUCGAAGGAUUCCUUUUUUACUUGUAAGAAAUUUUACCCUUCGGUUGUAGUACUGCAUGGGAAGAGGUUUUAUUCAGCUAAGAAAUCAUGUAAUUUAUUAUCGCGAUGUGGAGUUUGAUGAUCACUAUUGUGAUCGAUGCACAAGACAUCGUAUUUAAUUAAAUACGAUCAACUUCUUCGAUUCGCUUGAGCAUUUAGUCUAAGAAAGAGCUGUAUGGAAAUCGUGAAUCGUGCUCCGUGAAAUUUACUUAUAGAUAAUAAUGAAUCGCCUGCGAUCUCGACUCCAGAACUUAAAAAGGAAUAUGUACCUACAUACAUAUAUAUAUUUCAUGAGUACGAGCGCAGGCAAGAAUGAUUUUUGAUGUACAUAUAUUUAUUAUCGUCGUUGCAUUUUUUAUGUGAUAGCCUCGAUGAAAUUAGUUCUUUUCUAAACUUUUGUACAGAAUCGUGUACAUAGCAGAUCAUGGAUAAUGUAUGGAGAGGAAAUAAACUGUUGUUUUAUAUAUGCCCUGAAUGGUUUCAUUCGCAUAAAAUAGAAUAUAUUACGGGUCACGGACUGAUUCAGAAUUAAUACUACCAAUAUUAAACGUGGAGUAUAGUGGUGCCUUAUUAAAGAUUCUUUCAAUGUAACUUCGAUGUGGUAAUACACAGUAACAUUAAGUAUAACGACGAUCUUAAUCGACGUCAAACCCGUUAAAACGAUUCAAUCCAUUAAUAAAAACGAGGAAACAAAUGUACGCAUCAUUUUGUAAAUAUAUGUAUUACACGCGCAUUAGUUGCUACCAUCAGCGGAACUAUUCUGUACAAUCGUUUAGAGUUUAGAGGAUGCCUGGAUUAGUCGUAAUACGAUUAAGCUUGGAACCCCGGUAUACUGGUAGGUGUAUUAAGAGUGUGAAAGUUUAAAUAUAAAAGAAGUGUACAUCGCUCUGUAAAUAAAUUAUUUUAUUUUAAU